CGUUCUGAGUUCCGUUUACCAUUUACUUCCUUUAGUCCUAUUCCUGUGGUCCAGGUUGACGCGUAGUGAAAUAUUGUACAUUUUAAACGUAAUAUAUGUCGUGUGACAAAACACGAUGCAACAAAUGAAACGUCUAUUAGAUAUAUAUGUGGCGUUGCAGGCUCUGUUUGCGUUGUCACGGUGUUUUUCCGACGGAGAGCCGGGGCCUGUAGCAGGUUCUCAGUCGAAUGGAGACCGUUUCAAAAUCGAAGGGCGAGCGAGCGUUCCCGGAGUGAAAACACAAGACUGGAUCUCCACAGCCCUAAUCCUGGUGGAAGGAGAGGAAUAUGUUGGUUUUCUCAAGACUGAUGGGAGCUUUGCUGUCAACGAUGUGCCCUCUGGCUCAUAUGUGGUUGAAAUCGUAUCACCGUCUUUCAGAUUUGAUCCUAUUCGGGUGGACAUUACCUCCAAAGGGAAAAUGAGGGCACGCUUGGUGAAUCACAUCAAAACCUCUGAAGUUAUUCGACAGCCGUACCCUCUUCAGAUCAGAUCCAGUGGUCCACACACAUACUUCAUGAAGCGGGAAACUUGGGGCUGGACUGAUUUUCUGAUGAACCCAAUGGUCAUGAUGAUGGUUCUUCCCUUAUUAAUCAUCGUCCUGCUCCCAAAGGUGGUAAAUACUAAUGAUCCUGAGAUGAGAAAGGAAAUGGAGCAAUCUAUGAAUAUGUUGAACCCUAACCCAGAAUUGCCAGAUGUUUCUGAAUUUAUGACAAAAUUGUUCUCCAAGGGCUCCAGUAAGUCUGGAGGAGGCAACAAAGGCAGCAGAAGUGUUGCUCUGAAGAGGAGGUAGUGCCGUGUAUUUGGUCGGUUUUCUUUAACACUGUUUUACUGGUUUCCCAUUUUAUAUAUAUAUAUGAACAGUUUCUUUUUCAACUGAAAUGCUUGACAAAGCAAGACUGUGUUUGCACUGUGCUACUUUUCCAUACUUGUCUUCUUUGGAUACAUUGUUAAUAAUCAGAUCAUUUUAGUCAUUGUAAUGAUACUCUGAAAAUUAGCCUAUACAUAAAAUUUAGUAAUGGAUAAAACCAGUACAGAUCGAGCAAGGCAAGAAAUUCAUCUUUUUUUAUAUAUAUAUAGAGCUUAACUAGGAUGUUUUAACUUUAAAUUUAGAAUGAGUGAGUGAGAAAGUAAAGUAUUUGAUUGAACAGUUAAAGAUAUCCAGUUUUGCUAAAACAUUUCAAUAUCUUGUAAUGCAAUUAAUGUGAUGGUAGUCUAUGCUUUUACUGCUGCUGUGCAAAAGAUUCAUCACACAGAUAUGAUUCCUUCUCAGAAUUGAGGUUAAUACAGGUUCACCUCAGUUAUAACUUGAAUAAAAGCGAAGUAGUAAUAAAAGCUUUAAGUAAAAUUCAGCAUAACAUUGUUGGUUGGUUGUUGAGUGCUUUGGGUUGAUGCAACAGCUGCAGUACGGCUGUACUGAUUAAGUCAGAUUCAGAAUUUAGUACUCCCUGUAUGUAUUUGUCUUACUCAUUUUGUCACAAGCAUUAUGGGAUAUUUUAAAAGCACACUUGUGCUUAAGGGUCAAGAUAGAUGAAAAAUAUAUAAUGAGGGUCCAUUUUUGCAGUGAUACCAUGUGUAUUUCCAGACCAACCCAAGGAGGUGACAUUGAUAACAAAUUCUGUUUCAUAACUACUUGAAAUAAAGUUUUUAGGUUAUAAUAUUUACUAUAUCUUGUUGGGUUUGUACAAGACUGUGAAUGAAGAUGAGAAAUUCAUAAGAUUUAAGCUAUGAAGUAUAAUCUUAUUUAAACAAUGGAAAUAAACUGGUGGAAAAU